GGCGCCUUGAUCUUUGUCGUUACGCCAAAGAGCGUUGCAGAGUUCCACUUCCCUCCUUCCACCACUAGGGCUUCCCUGAGUAGACACUAUGGCCGUGGGCGUAGACAGCAUGGCCGUUGCCCCAGACGCUUCUUCAUCAGAAUCACAAGGGUGUGCAUGGUCGGGUUAGGUGGAUUAAAGGGUAUAUUUUUCAACCAACUUGUACUUAGCGGGUUGAAUUUUGUUGUUUUACCAGCUGGGCCCCCAACCAUUAAAACCAGCGGGUUAGGCGGUUAGAUCGGGAGAUGGAAGAAUCGGUUGAAGAAUCCUUUGAAGAUCCAGAUAUCCGUUCCUAUCCGGUAUACAAGAGGGAAGAUCCUCAAAGACGAAGGCAGAAGGUUUAUAUUGGUUGUGGAGCUGGGUUUGGGGGUGACAGACCAUUGGCAGCUCUCAAGUUACUUCAGAGAGUGGAUUUGAACUAUAUAGUCCUUGAAUGCCUAGCAGAGCGCACCCUUGCAGACCGGUACCAUGCAAAAGAGGCUGGUGGCGUGGGUUAUGAUCCUCGUAUUGACGAGUGGAUGCAUUUGCUCUUGCCUUUGGCUGUAGAGAAAGGAACUUGCAUAAUAACAAACAUGGGUGCAGUGAGUUCGGUUACUGCUCAGAAAAAAGUUUUAGAGAUUGCAAGCAGCCUGGGCAUUAGUAUUAGUGUUGGUGUGGUCAAUCAAUUUGCUAUCAGAAAAGCUGGUUUGGAUCCUGGCAUGUUGGGCAGACCAAUCAGCGUAUAUCUGGGAGCUGCUCCUAUUGUUGAAUGUCUGGAGAAGUAUAAUCCAAAUGUUGUUAUUACAUCUCGGGUUGCCGAUGCUGCCUUAUUCUUAGCUCCAAUGGUAUACGAACUAGGUUGGGACUGGGAUGAGUUCGAGCUGCUAGCCCAAGGUUCUUUGGCUGGUCACUUGCUGGAGUGUGGUUGUCAACUUACAGGAGGGUAUUUUAUGCAUCCAGGAGAUAAAUACCGAGAGAUUCCUUUCCCAUGUCUACUUGAUUUGUCACUUCCUUAUGCUGAAGUGAGUUAUGAUGGGAAAGUGUGUGUCGCAAAGGCUGAUGGCAGUGGUGGGGCUUUAAAUCUUGGCACUUGUGCGGAACAACUCCUUUAUGAGGUUGGGGAUCCAGGUGCUUAUAUUACCCCAGAUGUGAUAGUAGAUUUUGGUGAUGUUUUAUUUCAACCACUAUCAAGCAGUAAAGUUAUUUGUUCUGGAGCAAAACCAUGUGCUUCAGUAGUACCUGAGAAACUGUUGUUCUUGACUCCGAAGGACUGUGGAUGGAGAGGAUGGGGAGAGAUAUCCUAUGGAGGAUAUAUGUGUGUAAAACGUGCUGAAGCUGCUGAAUUUCUGGUAAGGUCAUGGAUGGAAGAAGUGUAUCCUGGUAUUAAAGAUCGGAUAGUUUCUUACAUAAUUGGUUUGGAUAGCCUCAAGGCAACCAGCAUUGAUAACAGCAUCCCUUUGCGGGCGGCUGGCAAAGAUAUUAGGCUACGAAUGGAUGGGCUAUUUGAGAAUGAGGAACAUGCAGUCCGAUUUACAAAAGAGUUUACAGCUCUGUACACAAAUGGCCCAGCUGGAGGUGGUGGUAUCAGCACUGGACGCAAGAAAGAGAUUAUUCUUGAAAAAGGAUUUAUUGAGCGCGAAGACGUUGAGAUAUAUAUUUGUGCGGAGCAAAACGAAAUAGCAAGCCCAAGUAAUCAUAGCACUGGUCUUGAAAAAGUAGAUGAAUCGAAAAUCCAUUCCCCUGAGAAACCCUUCUCGCCGGCAGCCAAACAGGAAGCUUCGUACAAUUCCCAGCAAGAACUUAUAUUACCAGAAAUAGAAUUUUCUCCUGCACCUUCUGGCCAAAAGAUCCCACUUUAUGAAGUAGCCCACAGCAGGGCGGGCGACAAAGGAAACGACAUCAAUUUUUCCAUCAUCCCACAUUUUCCGCCGGAUAUUGUUAAGCUGAAGGUGAUAAUUACACCGGAAUGGGUAAAGGAGGUAGUGUCGGCUCUUUUGAAUCCCUCUUCGUUUCCUGACUCGGAUGCCAUCAGAAAGAGAGACCAAUGGGUCAAUGAACAUGUGAAGGUGGAAAUAUAUGAAGCUAGAGGGAUACAUUCCUUGAAUGUCGUGGUUCGGAACAUUCUAGAUGGCGGUGUCAACUGUUCUAGGAGAAUUGACAGGCAUGGAAAAACGAUUUCCGACGUGAUAUUGUCCCAGCAAGUGGUAUUACCUCCCUGAUUUGUUGUACUGUAUAUCCUCCUCCUCAUGUUGUAUUCCAACUAGGAGAAUCAACUUUGUAUUGUGAUUUCUGGAUUAAUCUAACGUGGAAUACUUGUUUCUGGAUUCAUUCUAUGAACCCCAUGGUUGCAAGACUUUCCUCAA